AUGAUGGGCUUACCGCCCCUCCCGAACGACCCCUAUCUCGAGUUCCAACCUGCGUUUGCGUACUCGCUCCCCAUCCAGAUCCUCCUCACGGGCAUUACCCUCACGCUCCUCGUCAUCCUCCUGAUCCACCUCCUGUCCCCGCUCAACUACUGUUUGCAGUUGGCCAGUGUCAUUGCGGUGCUCCUUGGCGUCAUCGUCCGCGUCUAUGUCAUCCUGAGCCACCUCGGCGCCAAGGGUGACCGAUGGCCGUACACUCUCGACUAUGUCGCUGUGCCCGUUCCCCAGCCCAAGUGGAACCAGGCGCAGGAUGCCGCAUGGCAAACACUACUCGCCAUCAGCAACGGCCUUGCCAAUAUCACACACAUCCAGUUCCUUACUCUCCUAUAUCCCUCACGCACUGAGGCGCGCCUCAUCUUCGUUGCUCUCGGUCCCCUGGCCAUUGCCUCGUCCGCGCUCUACUACUGCACGUUAUCCAAUCACUCGCGCGUGAUUGACAUGGGUGACGCAAUCCGGGCCGUCUUCAGCUGCACGCUUCUCGUCAUCUUCUCGCUCGCGCUGUUCAUCUGGGGCUUCUUAGUGAACCGCGGUCGCGCGUGGCGCCUUGACGGAGGUACGGCCGUGUUUGGCUCUGGCGCUCUCGGUCUCGCCUUAGUGACGACUGCGAGUUCCUUUGUCGCCGUCAAGGAGGAGGAACUCGUCGACUGGCUCCAACACCUCAUCUGGGCCGCCGUGCUAUGGCAGACGUGGCUCGGAUGGUGGUGGUGGGUCGGGGCGGGCAUGGGCAUCGGCGAGGUAGAAGAUAUCAUGGAGCGCUCGCUUCGCAAGCGACGAAAGGCAGCCCGGCGCGCGCACGCCAAGCAGGUCAUGGCUGCGGCCAACGAGGAGGAGAGACCGCGGCGGCAACAAACUGUCACGGGCGCGAUCAAAUCUGGUACGACUGCCGUCGUUGGCUUCACCUCCAGCCUCGUCCAUCUACGGAGUAGCGCCGGCGGCAGCGCACCGGGCUCUGCGGCAUCGGCAGCGGGCGCGCCUGGAGGAAGUGUGGGAGGCGGCAGUCUAUCGCGAUUGCGGAUACGCCGAGCGCGGCCCAGACGCGACGUAGAGGAGGGCGUCUCGGACGGCGAGGUUGGUGAGGUCAUAGAACUCGGCACCAUACGCCUCGAAGAACCCUUGCAUCACAGCGAGAACUCGGGCGCGUCGGGUGGUCGCCAGCCACCGAGCAGCAACAGCAACAGUGGCACGAGCAGCACAUCCCGCACGCCGUCAUUGCACGCCCCGCGCUCCGUCGGCGAGUUUGUCGCAUACCCUGCCACCUGGCUUCAGGUAUACAUCCGGCGCCUGCGCAAGGCGCACGAGGAUGCGACGCGUCGGCGCGCAGUCGAGCAGGCCGAGCGCCGGGCGCGUGUCCCAAACAUAGCCGCGAGCGCGGAUGACGGAUGGGGCCUCGGCUCCUUCGGCGCGGACCGCCAGCUUCGCGUCAAUGCGCUCCUCGAAGAAGACGAGGGUAAGGACGACGACGACGAGGGCGACGAGGACGACGACGAGGGCGACGACGUCGACCAGGGGCCUGUGCGGCAGCCCCGCAAUUCAGCGCGCGGAAGCGCCCAGACCAGCCGGCGUAACUCUCUCGCUCACCCGCGCUCCUUGAGAGAGACACGCGAGGCGCAGACCCAGACUUCGCGGGUGGCUGAGGAGCACGAACACGCAGACGAGGGUGAGUGGGAGGACGUGACGUCUGACGAGGGGCCGAGGCGUAGGGGCAGCGUGCAGUCCCGGAGUUCGCGUGUUCUCGAGGCUCAGCGCGCUGAGAUUCCCGCACGACCUGGAGUGACGGGAUCGAGUUGGAGCUGGUGGGGCCCGCUGCGCGAUUGGCGGCUGCAGGACAGGAGCACGUUCUAG